UAACACGUUUACUUACGAAAAGAUUCUGUUUAGUGUUUGAUGUGGAAUAUGCCACGUUAAAAUUAAGGAAUAGAAUUAUUUUUUAUUCGUAUUUAAAGACAUUUUAUCAAUAGAAAUUUUAAAUAUCAAAUAGAAAAGUUUUAUAAAUAUUUAUAAAAAUAAGAAUAUGUUGUCGAAAGUUAGUAUUAUGUGUUGAGAUGAUAUGAAUCAAUUUGCUUGUUCUGUGAGUAAACAUGCCAAAAUUUGUUAUGAUCUUUUGAAUUAUCAUGGAAGAUAAAAAGGAAAUGGGUGUCAUUCGUCCAUUUGGCAAGACAAAUUUGCCAUUUUUUUCUUCUGUGCUAUAUGAAAUGAAACCAAUUUUAAAACAAAUGAAAGGAAAAAGAAUAACAUGGCUUGGUAUUUUUAAUCUUAUCUGUGCAGGAGUUCUCUUAAUGUGGUGCAAGUCUACAAACAGUAUGGGUAAGAAAUUUUAUGAUUUGAUUAUAGUGGGUGUCACCAAACUAUGGCCCAUGUGCCAGAUCCGGCCUGCAAGGUCAGUUCAUCUGGCCUGCCGCCGCACUGUUCUACAAUUGAGCUAAAAUAUAAUUAUGGAAAUGUCAUAGAUUGUAGAUGAACUUACUAUGUAGAAAAAAUUAAAAUAAGUGUAAGUAAAAAUGCCAAAUUUGGUCCAAUCUGAUUUUUGCAUUUGACAGUAAUAUAAUUUUUAAGAAAAUCAGUGAAAUGAAAAAAUCUGUGACGUUUUCAACUUUGGAUAUCAGAGUGCUUUUGUGUAAGUACCUGCAAUGAAGUUUCUAGGAUUAGUGAUUACAAGCUUGCUGCAGCGAUCGUCUUUGUGUAUUGGUAAAUAAAUAUGUAGGUUGUGUGAAAUGUUGUGAGAAGGUUAUGUUAUAUGUAUUCAGUAUGCUAUAUUGAACAAAAAUGGUUA